CCUCCCCAACAUUCGGGGACCCCUUUUUCCCGUCCUUCCUAAUAGGAACUUGUAAUAGGAACUUGUACAUUUUGAGGUUUUGAGGGUGCAUAAAACGUUCUUUGGUUGACGGUAUACAUCGGGCUUUGCGUUGCCUCUCAGCGGUCAUACGUGAGAACGUUUCGUGUAUUCUCAGGUUCCCAGCAUCAAAAUAUAGCUUGGCACGAAAACUCCUUUAGGCGAUUAAACCAUGACCAGGAGUGUCGUUUCACGGGCGUCGUCCUCCCCAUGGCGGCGUUUCAUCUUCGGUAGCUUCGCCGCGUUCCUGAUCAUAUGGGCCAACACCGGGCGGACACGUCGGCGAGAUGGACCGGUUGACAUCGGUGCGGGAGAUGGUUGGAGCUUGCUGCGACCGAAGGAGUAUCCGGAGGGCUACGACUACUGUCGGGCCAAAUAUUUGGGAGCCGAAGGAUAUCGAAGCCUCUCAAAAACACAUAACCUCCAAACCCUCCACAUCAUAACCCGCCACGGCGACCGCACCCCCGCCCUCCCAUUCCCCGACACACCCAACUCACCCCCCACAUGGGUCAACGCCUGCCCACCCACCGAGUACGCGCAUCUCACGCCCUCCGAGCGCGGGUUCCUCAAAACGCUCUCUCUAGGCGACGAUGACGACGAAAAGGAGUAUUGGGCAGGACGCUGCAAUCUCGGCCAGCUGACGUACCGGGGGAUCGAGCAGAUGAAGGAUGUAGGGAGGGCUGUGAGGGAGGUGUAUUUGACAGGGAGGGUGGAGUGGGAGGGUGGGAAGACGCCUGGUUUGGAGGAGGCGAGGUUCCGGAGCACGGAUGUGUGGCGGACAGUCCAGUCUGCCCAGUACUUUGUGAAUGAGUUGUUUCCGGUGGGGAACGCUUCGUCGGUGGGGGAACAGCAGCCCGUGCCGUUGGAGAUCCGGCCGCGGCCGAUUGAUGCUCUGGGUCUAAGGUUGGGCAGUGCGGAUCUUCGAGCAUUGUAUCGGAAGACCCGAGCGCACGACAGGGCGUUCCUUGCGUACCACCAAUUAUCGACCCAGUUUGCGGCGCAUAUGAACGAUGCCGUGCAGGCGGACUACGAGUAUUCUUUGGAGAGCUGGUUCGACUUGUUGCAGACUAGGGGAUGUCAUGGGUACGAGCUUCCCUGUGCGGCUGGAAAGGACACGUGUCUUAUCGCCAGGGAUGUCGAGAGCACCGUCUGGUUGGCGCAUGAAUGGUUGCGGUUGGAGUAUGAUACCCAGAUGGGAGACAGACGGAAGGAGUCCGUGAUGCGAAUCGGGCCAUUGGUGCGCGAGAUUCUGAGCAAGCGACGGUCUGACACGAGGAUACAUCAUUAUUCCGCGCACGACACGACACUGUCGGGUUUACUUGCUGUUCUUGCGUCUGGUAGUCAUACACUAAAGUUGCAACAGGCAGCACACGCGUGGCCGCCAUAUGCUUCGAUGUUAGUGAUUGAGGUGUGGAAGCCGAAAGAAGAGAGUUUGAGUAAUGACGGGGGCGAUGGGGAAGGGUUGGACGUGCGGAUACUGUAUAAUGGUGAAGUUAUGCCGUGGCUUAUCAAUGGAGAGGUAAAGGAGGUGAUUGCAUGGUCCAAACUACGUUCGCCUCUGGCUGAUUGGUUGGACGCAUAGAUUAGAACGUCAGAAUAGGAGUGAGGAUGUAUUGGAGAGCUGCUGUGCAUGUUUAGCUAGCGUGUGUACUAUCCUAGGCGCUCAAUUAGGCGCUGCUGUAAGAUAUCAUAACCAGGACACCUGUCUGAGAGCAAGCGCUACG